AGGCCAUGCAAAUCAACGCAAAGCUGCACCGCAGCGAGCGAGCGAAUGCGCAGGGCGACCAUGCGAUUGCGGAUUCCGCACAGUCCGAGAGAGAGAGAGAGGAAUUUAAAGCUGCCGAUUGAUUGCUUGAUGGGGCGAGGGAUGGCAUACCCCGCGUGAUGGUAGUGGUGAGAAGAAGGAGAAGGAGUUCGGGAACAGUAACAGCAGCAGAAGAAGAAGAAGAAGAAGAAGCAGAUGAAGAAGCUAUGGGAGUAGAAGACGAAGCAGAAGCAGGAGGAGGAGGAAGAGGAGGAAGUGGGUAGUCAGUCAGCUACGGGGAGUGAGGGAGUGGGUGAGUGAGUGAGUGAGUGAUUUUAGUGAUUUUAGCAAGAUGCCGGGUUUCGGAAUGUGCAUUCGGAAAUCGUCGGCAACGGCGCUGCCCAUGAGCAGCAGCAGCAAUGAAGGAGGUUAUGGGGAGGAGCAGAAGGCGCGCGGACGCGCGGCCAACGGUGCUUCGCGCGUUGGGUGGGACAAUGGCGUGGUGUAUGGGGCCAUUGUGAUGACGUCGCUGGUGUGGGUGUUGCUGUUGCGAAUUGAGGGUGUGCGGGAUUUGGCGAUCUUCUGUGGGAGUGGUGAGGUUCGGCCUGUGCGUGCCAAUGGUGGAUCGGGUUAUGGGUUGUCUUAUGUCGCGUCGCGUCAGGAUGACGGUGCUGGGAGGAGUGGAUUUGUGAAGCUUGUUGAUCAAGAUGGCGAACGGAAGGACUUGGCGAGGCCCAAAGUGUUGGCUUUUGUUGGAAUUAACACUGGGUUUGACUCAGGUCUGAGGCGGAAGGUGCUCCGGGAGACGUGGUUCCCGACUACUCCGGAGGAGCUUGCCAGUUUGGAGAGUACUACCGGAUUGGCAUUCAGGUUUGUGAUUGGCCACACAACUGAGGGUCGGAAGAUGAAGGCCUUGGAAGAGGAGGUGGAGAAGCACAAGGACUUCAUGCUCAUUGACAUCGACGAGAAGUACAAGAAGCUUAAUCUUAAGACGUUAGCUUACUUUCGCACAGCAUAUGCGCUGUAUGAUGCAGAUUUUUACAUGAAGAUUGAUGAUGAUAUUUACUUGCGCCCAGAUCGUUUAGCUACUUUGCUAUCCAAACCACGAGGAAGUUCAAGAGUAUAUUUGGGCUGCAUGAAAAAGGGCCCAGUUGUUACAGAUCCCAAGUACAAGUGGUAUGAACCUAAGGCGUAUAUGGUCGGGAGGGAGUAUUUCCUACAUGCAUACGGACCGAUAUACGGCUUAUCUAAAGAAGUUGUGGCGAAUCUUGCAGCUACCAAAGACCAUAUGUAUCGCAUGUUCAUCAAUGAAGAUGUAACCAUAGGUGUAUGGAUGUUAGCAAUGGAUGUGGAACAUGAAGAUAAUCGUGAUAUCUGCGCAACAAAGUGUGGACCCACUGCAAUAGCAGUCUGGGAUCUUCCAAAAUGCUCUGGGCUUUGCAAUCCUACGAUGAGGAUGCUUGAGCUUCACGGAGCUGACAAGUGUUCGAGGAAUCCUCAACUUGUGGAAUAGUAGCUGAAAUUGCUGACAAAAGUGCCAAGGUAACUGUAUAGAUGAUGAUUCAGUUGCAGCUGGUAUUAUCCAAUUUACAGACCCAAAUUUUGGCGAUCUCGUGAAUCAAGCUAGUGUACUGGAACUCUUAUUGAGGAUAAAACUUGGUCUGUAAUUUUUCGUUCUCGCUUGAGGUGCCAGUUGGUCAGGUAUCAGACAGCAUGUGUAUUUUUUGGAUCGUAUCAGUCUUUGUUUGGUAUCAGAUAUUGAUGUGCUUAAUUGGAGGAUGCUUCUCUUGAAAUGUCAUUUAUGUUCUGUAACGUUGACGGAUAUUCUGAUAUUCAAAAGAGGAUUCAAUUCUGUCUUGUUUGCA